AGGGGCCGCUCCUUUGUCUCGUCCCCCGCCCCCGGCGCCGCGCCGGACGCUGCCCGCGGCUGCCUUUCCCGGGGCUGCGGCGGGGGUCCCGCCGCGCAGGAGCCCGAGCCCGGAGCAGCCGCCGCCUCAUUAGCAGCGUCCCGCGGCCGCAGAGCGGCUGCAGCUGGGAAGAUGGCGAGUCGCCCCUGCCUCCUGCUCCUGCUCGGCGCCUUGGGGGCUCUUAGCUAUCAUAAUCGUAUGGCGUAUGGCAUCUCUGUCAGAACGGACAAUAAUCAUGUUCAAGCAGAGGAGUUUAAGGAGGCUAUUCUUAGCUGCCGACCCUCGGUUCCAAAGACUAUUACUCCAAGAAUAGAAUGGAAGAAAAGAGGACCUGGUGGAGUCUCAUUUGUCUACUAUAAUAGUGCAUUUACAGGUGACCUUAAAGGCCGAGCGGAAAUGUUGAAUAUCGGCAUUCGCAUUAGAAAUGUGACCCGAAAGGAUUCUGGAGAAUACCGUUGUGAAGUUAGUGCACCAGGCAAACAGGCACAAGAUCUGGCAGAGGCUACCAUUACUCUCACAGUGUUGGUGGCUUCAGCUACUCCAACAUGCGAAGUACCCAGCUCAGCAAUGAGUGGAACAGUAGUAGAACUGCGAUGCAAAGAAAAUGAAGGGUCUCCUGCUUCUGAGUACAAGUGGUUUAAGAAUGGUGUCGCUUUAGUGGAAACUUCAGGAACAGGCAGUGCAAAAGCAAACAUUACUUAUGUCCUAAAUAAAAAAUCUGGAACCCUG